AUGAGGCCCUCAUGGCGGAUGCGGACGGCAUGUGGGAGGCGGGCGGGUGACACUCUAUUCGAUUCACGGUUGGCGCUCGGCAACUUUCCAAGCACCUUUGAAAUCAAGCGUGUUGGCUCAAACUCUGUUGAGGCCUUUGAAAAACUCAAGCUACUUUCGAGAGCUACGCUCGCUUUCAUCUUUAAGGAGGGCGUUAUUGUUGCUGCUGAUUCGAGAGCCAGCAUGGGAGGAUACAUCUCUUCACAGAGUGUCAAGAAGAUCAUUGAGAUAAAUCCAUAUAUGCUUGGUACAAUGGCUGGAGGUGCUGCAGAUUGUCAAUUCUGGCAUAGGAACUUGGGCAUCAAGUGUCGCCUUCAUGAGCUGGCAAACAAGAGAAGAAUCUCAGUCACAGGAGCCUCAAAGCUGUUAUCUAAUAUACUUUACUCUUAUCGAGGAAUGGGACUUUCAGUAGGAACCAUGAUUGCUGGAUGGGAUGAAAAGGGGCCUGGGUUGUACUAUGUUGACAGUGAAGGUGGAAGGCUCAAGGGAACACGCUUCUCAGUUGGGUCAGGAAGUCCAUAUGCUUACGGUGUUCUUGAUAAUGGAUAUCGAUUUGACAUGACAGUCGAGGAAGCCGCAGAACUGGCACGCCGAGCCAUUUAUCAUGCAACUUUCCGCGAUGGAGCUAGUGGUGGAGUAGCUAGCGUUUAUUACGUUGGCCCUGACGGAUGGAAGAAGAUGUCUGGUGAUGAUGUCGGCGAGCUUCAUUACAAGUACUAUCCUGUGGUGCCGACCCCAAUUGAACAAGAGAUGGUUGAUGCUCCUGCAGCAUGAUUCACUCUUCUUCCCUAAACCCACCUAAUCUGAACAUGUCGAAAGCAUGUAAGACUUAACGAUAGAUUUGAUGCUGUGAUGGUGAUAUCUGCUUUAUAAUUGUUUUUCCUCGGACA